AUGUUUGAUGUCGACUGGAUGAGCCUUGUGCUCCCUUUCGCCUACCUGACCGUUCUCGGUGGCGUUUUCAUGACGUUUUCCACCAUCUACAGAAAGCGCAAAGCCACCCAAAGCGCCAACCUGGCCCCAUGGUUCGGCCCUCACCUCCAGCGCAACAUCUACCUGUCCCUCCUGCACCUCGAAUCGCCCGAAGAGGGCCAGGAAAAGGCCCCCAAGAUCCCCCACACCGUUAUUAAGGCUGCACUCCUCCGCCGCGCCGUCGAGGACAUCCACCGUCUGGUCCAAAUCCGCUCCGCCAAGCAGGCCUGCAGCACGUUGCUGCAACGGGGAAGCGUCGGCGAUGAUCUGUGGCAGCGCUUCCAGCGCGCAGAGAAGGAAAUGGAGGAUGAGCUGCGCGACGUUGUUAUGGAGGCCAACGCCCUCGCUCCCAACUGGGGCCAGUCAAUCUUCCAGUCCGCCAACGAGAUCGCCGCCAACACUAUCGCACGCAGUCGCCUUGAGGAGGUUUCCAACACCGUCGAGCAGGAGAAGGCGUGGUGGGAGAAGCGCAGGGCGACGAUCCAGACAGAUUUCAUGAAGGAGCUCGAUGAGUCUGAGAAGAGCUCGACCGCUCCGCCUAGUGUCGACGGCGACGCUGUUCUCGUUGAUUCCGGCGCAGCCAACACCCCCUCCAAGAAGAAGAAGGGCAAGAAAUAG